AUGUCUGCUAUUCAAGUCCUCGCCGUCGAUGCUCGUGCCGAUGACGGCCGUGGCAAUCAAGUGUCUGUCGCAGGCGACAGUGUGGCUACAAAGGGCCGGCCAGUCGAAUGCACGACCGUCCUCAAUCUGAUAGGCGCCGCGCAUUCCGGAGCCAAUGAACCGCCCAAGGAGACUGAUCUAACGACACAUUCUUCUGGCGUGGAUGCUGACGCCGCUGUUAAGGUCGACUCGUGCGCUCCAACGAAACACGCGGUAGCGCCUCCUGCACACAAUGGAGAGCCUGAGAUCGUCGUCGGCACCCCAACACGAGAGCAGAUUGAACGCACACCAACCGGAAGCGCAGGAUCAUCUGACGAUGAGACCUCCGCCAGCGACAGUGACAGCGAGCAACACGGCACGGAGCGGGCCAUCACCCCAGCCACAUCUGUCGAGGAAGAGCCUGGACUGCUCGACAGUGUUGUCCCGGUCUGCGACAUCGUCCCUCUUCUACAGGACACGGGCGAGUCGAUGCCUCGGGACAAGCUCUUCGCCAUGGUCGACGAGCUUGAGCAUUACGAAUGGGCUAGCGACUCGCUCUUCCACCCCAGUCGCCUUCCGCCCACGCACCCACUUCUGCCCUUCGACUCCGCUGCAUCACACCCCAACCUCGAAGCGCCCCUUCGCGCCUUUCCGACCACGCUCGUCGUCCACGAUCCAUCGAACGUUCUCCCUGCAAGUCGGCAUGAGAUCGUCGAUAGCUGGACAUCCAAAUACGACUGGGUCGACGAAGACGAUGUCCUUCAUGUCUAUCGCCUGCACAUCGGUGAUGCUGGAAAGGCAUCCGCUGAAGAGCGCGUGGCGCACUUGUACCUCGCAAAGGACAAGAAGCACGGUACGGGACAUCAUUCCUUCGUAUACCAGGCUGAGCUCGACGUCGCACGCACGCUGCUGCCCGGCUAUCGCCCUGAGUCCAGCACUCCCUCUAUCGUGACCGAUGCCCAGCAAGAGACUCUCGCCGCUACCUUGCCCCUUCGGGACCCCGAAUUUGCGGGCGUCCCCGGCCUCGAGCCGCCCAUCGCGCGCGUCUGCGUCGCCGCGAAGCUUUCCAUCCGCGGCGACGAGCAUCUUGCGCACGAGGCUCUCAUGUACACGCGUUUUCCGCCCGAGCUGGCGCAGCAUCGCAAGGGGACCACGCACCUCAAGGAGCUCGACUACGAGAUGCCCCUCGGUGCUGUCAUCCCGCAGUUCUUUGGGUACUAUGUAUCGGUGGAGAAGCCCAAGGGUGGUAAGUAUCUGAGUCCGAUUAUGCUCGUGGAGUCGUGCGGAACGCCUGUCUGGGGGAGGAGCUUGAACAGGCUCGAAAAGCAGACUACCGCCAGCCUCUUCCUGCGCAUGCACGAAGUCGGUUUCGUGCAGAACUCCGAGUUCCCCCGCAACGUUCUCAUGCAAGCAGGUCCGCUCAACGUCCCACCCGCCCAGCGCCACCGCUCUACCCCAAGCUUCAGGCUCAUCGACUUCGGGCGCACCGUCGACAAGGCCGAGUUCGACAGGGCCAAAAGAGGCGACACGAAGGGCACGCGCCCAUUCAUAACGUCUGUGAAUGAGAGUGUCAGCUUCUACUCCCUUCGUGAGGCGGCCUGGCGAUGGGUGAAGUGUACGUUUAUGUAG